AUGCCAUUCGCCCAGUGCUCUUCGGAAGAAAUCAUUCCAUCAACCUAUUACAAGCACUUACAGGGAGAUCCAUCGGAAUUUUCUAAUUUUAAUGAUCCUUCUCCAUCGAUGGCUUCGUUGGUAUCAGACUCGUACAUGAUGGAAAUUAAUUUGGAUAAACAAGAUGCCAAAUUGAUAUGGAAAGGAUUCAUUCCAGUUGAUUCUUUGGAACAUGUUUCAGUUUCUAUUGUGAGUCCUGAUGCACAGUAUAUGGAUUUACAAAUUUUGAAUUUCGAUGAUGAACCAACAGGUCAACCUAUUGUUGCCGAUAUUUCAGAAUCAUGGAUGGGUUAUGAAAAAGAGAGUAGCGUUCCUGCUAAAAUCUACAAAUUUACCAAGGUUGAUCAGAUCAGAACUGGUGAUUGGUUUGUUCAAGUUAGUUUGAACAAGCAAACUGCUCCUCAAGAAAUUAUUGAAAAGUAUCUUGCUAAAGAGAGUACUUCCACAGAUGCCAUGUUGGUGAUUUAUAACAGCAGUCCAUUAACCGCUCACACUCAAUCAUUGAGUUUCAAGACUCUUGUGGGUGACAAAAUUGGUUUCGUCACAAGAAUCAGUGAAAAGUCUGAGAUUGAGAAGAGAGCAACCCUUGGUGUUCAAUACGUUCCCAAGGCAAUUCCAUUGGCAAGUUUCGAACAUAUUGAAGCUGAGAUGGAUGUUAUUUUACCAGAUGGCCAUGCCACUGUCAUUCCAAUGAAAGAUGCCGUGUCUAGUGGUCGUUUCGCACUUGAUCCAAAGCUUCAUCAAGAUGGUACCUUCAGUGGUGAAUUUGUUGCAACUGAAAAAGGUAUCUUCCACUUUACAGUUCUUGUGAAAGGUAUCGUUUCUGACGAAAUGAAGGCAAGAUUGUUUGCAAAUGCCAAAAUGGUUCCAUCUCAACAAAAGAUUACCUUCAUGCGUACUACCCAACACAUUGUUUCUGUUGUUGAAAAGGAUUUGGAAUUGGUCAAUGUUGGUACCAUUGCUACAUUCAAUCAAUUUGACGAAAUGAUGACCGUCAAUUUGCAAGCAAAACAACUCGUUAAAGACGCUGAACCAAAGAAAUAUAAGGCUUAUGCUGAGAUUUGGGCUCGUUCACAAGAUGGUUCCUCCAUUGUUCCUGUUUGUUGGGUUCUUGGUAUGUCUUUGUCUGCUCCAUCUACACAAGGAAAGGAUCUCAUGGCUAUUCCAUUGCAAUUUUCUAUGAAAUGGUUGUCUAAGGCAAACGCACAACUUCCAUUGACUUUGAAAAAUGUUAAAAUUCAAGAUGUUGACUCUUCCACUAUCAUUUCAGAGAUUGCUGAAAUUUCUCAAGUUUCCACUCAUCAUGAACAUGUCGAUGAAAUGACUAAACUGGUCAAGCGACGAGUGACUGAUCAAGAAGCUGUUCACAAGUUUGCAAAGAUGCUUCUCAACUCAUUAUAUGCAUUCAACAAGGGCGACCAAGUUACUGAAAUGAUGACUCUUGGUCCUAGACCAAAAGAGUUGACCGCUCCACAAGUAACAACUACAAAGAGAGGUGUUUCUUCAGGACAUAAGGUCAUCCUUGUCCAUGGCUAUUGUUCUGGAGGAAAUCCUUUCACUGAAUCUGAUUUCCAAAAUGCUGUUAUUUUCUCAGACAUUAAACAAUCAAGAACCAAUGAUCAAUUUGCUCAACUGAUUUGGCAAAUUGGUAAAGACUUGCCUUCUUUCUCCGUUGUCUCACACAGUCAAGGCGGUUUAGCAGCAGCACACUUGUAUACAUUCUAUUGGUCCCAGGCUGACAAUGUGCCAUCCAAUCCAAACAUUAGAAUUUUGCAAUCUGUUGGUUCUCCAUAUGGUGGAUGUUCAGCUGCUGGUUCCAUUGCCAACGUUGGAAAGAUUUUCGGAGCUGGCUGUGGAUCAAACACGGAUUUGAGUGUUGAAGGUGCUUCUAAAUGGCUCAAGACAAUUCCAGAAUCUUCUCAGAAGAAGAUUUAUUAUUAUGCCACUCAAAAUCCAGACGGUGGCAAGUCCUGUCAAUCUUUAAUGGAUUGGGUAUUAUAUAAACCAAAUGAUGGUACAGUUGAAAUUAGAUUCACAACUGCCUUUGCUGCAGCCAACAACAUGGGUAUCACUAAAGGUUGGUGUCACACUGCUGACAUGGCUUAUCCUGCUCAAGGUACCGAUCAUGAUAGAAAUGCAGUCCUGAAUAAGUACGCCAAUGGUUUUUAA